GUCCGACGGGUAAUUUUUGUCACGGGUGCCGUGACCAUGGAAGGAUGCCCACCAUCAGAUCGUGGCGAAGCAGUCUUUAUUGGUCGGUCCAACGUCGGUAAGAGCAGUUUAGUCAACAUGGUAACCAACCGCAAAUCAUUAGCGUACACGAGCAAACGCCCCGGGAAAACGCAACAGUUCAAUUUUUUCGCCGAUCAAGAUUCGUUCAAUAUUGUAGAUUUACCCGGGUUUGGCUACGCUAAAGUUCCCGAGGAGUUGCGGAAAGAAUGGUCCAUCUUUAUGGAUGCCUAUAUCGCCAAUCGAAAAACACUGCGGGUUUUGUUUCAUUUAGUGGACGGUCGCCACGGUCCGACCGAUGAGGACGCAUCGAUUAUGCGACGCGUUGGCGACUUGUUGCCGGGCUACGCAACCUAUGUAGUGGUCUUGACGAAAGCGGACAAGAAUGUCAAGGGCGCAGCCUCGAACAAAAAGGCCGGCAAAGUCUCCAGUGAUGUCGUGGACGCUGUUCGUCAAGCCAUGAAACAAAAUGGUGUAGGUAACGCACCAGUCAUUCUGACAUCGGCUGAAACAAAGCUGGGCCGUGACGAUAUC